AUGCCAGACUAUCCCUACGAUCUUGGUGCCUACGGAAAGACCAUCACGACCAGCAGCCCAGAAGCUCAGAUAUGGUUUAAUCGUGGUCUGGUCUGGGCAUACGCCUUCAACCACAAAGAGGCCGUGGUAUGUUUCAAGCACGCAAUUCAGCAUGAUCCAUCCUGCCUGAUGGCCUACUGGGGCUUGGCCUAUUCCACCGGUCCCAACUACAACCAACCCUGGAAUUUCAUGGGGAGUGACCUACCCGCCGUGGUGGAAACGACAUACCAAGCAGCAUCCAAGGCGUUGUCGCUUUCGUCAAAUGCAACACCGGUGGAACAGGCCCUGGCCAAGGCCAUCUCCACCCGCUAUCAGAGUAAUAAGCCUGCUAGCAUGGAGCAAUAUCAGAUCCAAAACAUUGCAUAUGCCGAUGCGAUGAAGGAGGCAUACGAUCAAUUCAGCGAUGACUUGGACGUGGUUACUCUAUACGCCGACGCCUUGAUCAGUCUCACGCCCUGGAAACUGUGGGAUCUCGUAACCGGCAAACCAAACCCAGGCACUCGCACCAUGGAGGCAAAGAAGGUGCUUGAGAUCGCCCUUCAGAAUAACAAUUCCUCGAAACACCCUGGACUCUUACAUAUGUACAUUCAUCUCAUCGAGAUGUCCCCGUACCCAGAACUAGGCCUGCGACCAGCAGACCACCUCCGCGAACUCGUCCCAGACGCAGGCCACAUCCACCACAUGCCCUCUCACCUAGAUGUUCUAGUCGGAGACUACCGAGGCGCCGUCCGGGCCAACCAGCGCGCCGCCAUCGCCGAUGAGAAAUUCCUCGCACUGCAAGGCCCAAUGAACUUCUACUCCGUCUACCGCAUGCACACCUACCACUCCCUCAUCUACGCAGCCAUGUUCGCAGGGCAGAAGAAAGCCGCCCUCGACGCCGUCGACAGCAUAGAAGCAACCCUACCGAAAGAACUGCUAGUCGCCAUGGCCGACUACAUCGAAGUCUUCAUGUCCGUGCGCGCACACGUCAUGGUGCGCUUCGGAAUGUGGGACGAGAUCAUCGCGCUGCCCCUGCCUUCAGAACCAGAUCUCUAUUGCAUGACGAUAGCCACGCUGCACUACGCCAAGGGCGUAGCAUACGCAGCGACCGGCCAUCUAUCCUCCGCAGAGCGCCAACGCGAACUAUUCCGCACAGCGCGAAAACUCGUCCCCGAAACGCGCCUGGACUGGCCGAAUAAGUGCGUCGAGAUCCUGGGCGUCGCAGCCGCCAUGUUGGACGGCGAGAUCGAGUACCGGCAUGGGAACUACAAGGUGGCUUUUGAACAUCUGCGUCGCUCGAUUGAGCUCGACGAUGGUCUCGGCUAUAGUGAGCCUUGGAGCUGGAUGCAGCCUACGCGCCAUGCUUACGCGGCGCUUUUGCUGGAACAGGGUCUUGUCGAGGAGGCGGCGGCUGUGUACCGCGCUGAUCUGGGUUUGGAUGGGACUCUUAUUCGGGCUAGGCAGCAUCCCAAUAAUGUUUGGGCUUUGCAGGGGUAUCAUGAGUGUUUGGUUCGUCUUGGGAGGAUUGAUGAGGCCAGGGUUAUUGAGCCGCAGUUGACUAUCGCUCUGGCUGUCGCUGAUGUCCCUGUCACGUCUUCGUGUUUCUGUCGGCAAGUGUCGGUGGGUAAGAGCUGUUGUUCGAGUUUAUAG